GAACAGACCUUAAAACAGUUUGCCACCGAAAAGCUGUUUGAUAUGAGGUUCAUGUUUGAAGUUGAAAGGACAAUCACAUCAACGCAACAUCAAUUGGAAGAAGAGCCUUCUAAAAUACCUUUUCAAGAAUACAGAACGAAAAUGGAAAGAGAACAAACUUUCCAAACAAAUAGAGACAAAAGCCACCUAUCCCAGAAACCCACACAAGUUUACAAAGACAGUUAUAAAAAGGAUUCUAACUUAAGCUUUUCGGAUGGUACAGCUCAAGCCAUUGCUCAAAAGAUUACCAAAAAAAGCAUGGACACUGAAAUAUCUGUACCGAUUCUGAGCUCUACGAGUCAGAUCAACCUCCAAGAUCCUUCAAAGAAAAUCACUGGAGCCACAGACUUAAAGAACGUAAAAUAUCAAGAAGCCAAAAGUCAUUCAGAAGUUAAAAUUGCCUCUGAUGGCCCAGUUUCUGCUCUCAAAGAACAUACAAAGACGAGACAAGCAGAUGACUUGGGUCCUAAAGAAUCAGCUACCUCUCAAUGCCAAAUCUCAAGGUUACCAGUCCUUCAAGAUAUCACAUUACACAAAAAUGCUAACCCAUCACCUGUAACACAAAGUUCCACCAAACAGGAAGGCACACCAAUGGCAAAUACAGACACCAAGAGUCACCACAUUGAAAGUCCUGUGACUUUAAAACAGCAGCCAAAGACUGAUGAAGACCAGCGUUCAUCAGCCCCCCCUGUAUCUUCGUUGAGCAACAGGGACCGGCUAGAAAAUAGCACCCUUCCUGAGCUCCACCCAGCAGCUUUAAAGCAACUAGAAGAAGCAAGCACAUCUUGCCAGCAAAAAACUCACAUUGUGUUUCUCAAAACGCAUAAGACAGCUAGCAGUACCAUCUUAAACAUUUUAUAUCGCUUUGGAGAUGCCAGGAACCUGACUUUUGCCCUUCCCCAUGGCAAACACAACCAACUUUUGUAUCCCUUCUAUUUUGAAGCUUUUUUCGUUGAAGGCUUUAGGUCAAAGACCAUUAAGGAAUAUGACAUCAUGUGCAAUCAUAUGAGGUUCCACCUAUCAGAGGUCAGGAAAGUAAUGCCUGAAGAUUCCUUCUAUUUCUCCAUCCUGCGGAACCCAGUCACCAUGAUGGAAUCCUCUUUCUCUUACUACAAAUACAUACCAGCUUUCUCAAAAGUCAGCACACUGGACCAAUUUCUUCAGGAUCCCUGGAGUCAUUAUAACGCUUCCCUUCCCAAUAACCACUACGCAAAGAACCUACUGAUGUUCGAUUUUGGGUUUAACAACAACGAGAAAGACGAGAGGCAUCUCAACUUGUCCAUCGCCCUAAUAGCGAAGAACUUCAAUCUCAUUUUGAUUUCAGCCUAUUUUGAUGAGUCAAUGAUCCUGUUGAAGAACACCCUCUGCUGGUCCCUUGACGAUGUGGUUUCCUUCAAACUCAACAGCAGGAACAACAAAACAAAACACCAGCUAUCUCUGGAGACCAUGGAGAAAAUAAAAGAGUGGAACUCCCUUGACUGGAAGCUCUAUCUGCAUUUUAACAAGACAUUUUGGAGAAAGAUUGAUGAGUCUAUGGGGAGAGAGAAGAUGCAGGAUGAAGUCGAGAAGCUCAGGGACAGGAGACGCCAACUGAUGAAGAUCUGUCUCCAGGAAGGAGGGGCAGUGGAUCCUUCCCAAGUAAAAGAUGCAUCCUUUAAGCCCUUUCAGUAUGGAGCUGCUGAAAUUCAGGGCUACAACCUCAAUCCGCAUCUGGACGACCGAACCAAAAUGCAGUGUCAGAGGUUCAUUACACCAGAGCUGCAGUACACUGCAUCGCUGUAUGACAAGCAGUUUCCAGACACGGUCUUAAAGGCUUCAGUUCAAAACAAGACAACACAAGCACAUUCCCAGACUUGGAAAGCAAGUAAAGCAAAGAUGAGGCAAAGAAGGAAUCUUAACCACCAAGGGGCUGAAAAUCAGAACCUAAGGAAUAGUGUCUAUAGGAAAAGAGGCUCAAAAAGUACUGCACAGACCAACCUUCCAAACAUGCCCUGAAAUAAGUACUGCUAAAUGUUGGCAAUCCACCAAUAGUGGCUUAUAAUAGGGCACUGCAGGCAGUGAAA